AUGACAGACACAGUUACAUAAAGUAUUCCAAGAAGAGAAAAAACAUGGGCAGAAUUAGCUGAAGAAGAAGAUGAGUAUUUGGAAGAAUUAUAAAAUUAAAAUAAAAAUGAAUCGAGUCAAUUAGCGGGAAAAUAAUUAACUAACUUUCAGAAAAGAAUGAUCGAAAGGAUACGAAAAUGCGAUGAACCUAUAGAAGUAGGUCUAUAACAAGUUCGAAAUAGCAUAAGUUAGGAAGAAAUUUAUACUGCAUUUAAACAAUACCAUAUAAGAGAUUGCUAUUUUAAAUAUGACAAUUGUUUCUUUUAUUUGCCAAAGGAAUAAUCCAUUAAAUUAGUCGAAGAGAGCAAUCUAAGAAUCACUAUAAAAGGGAGGAGUAUUUUGAUAGUGAUCCUACCAUUAAAAAUUUGA